CAGCCGUUCAUUAAGGCAAAGAAGACUUGGAGAAGAAGUAGGUGAAAUAUAUUUUGAUAGGGAUGCGAUGCAUCGCUACUUAUCCAUACGGCUUCAAUUUAGCAACUGAAAGCAGACUCACACCAUUUCCUUUCUGCUGUGCACUUGCUCUUUGGAAACCACGCUUCCCUUUUAAGGGAAACAAACAUUUCUAGUGUCUGAUAUAACCAAUUCACCAUUUUCGCCAUUGCCAACUCCAAUCCCUUUUUCGUCUCUCUUCAACGACCCUCUUCUUCUCUGCAAAAGCCAUUAAGUUAUUACGAUUCAGUCAGUGUCGUUUCUAGAGAGAGAGAGAUGAGGAAUGGUUCAGAAGGAAAAUCUCCUGCUUUAGAAUUGCAUUUCCUCACUCCAAAAUUGGUGGAUAUCUCACUAAGACUCUUGGUGAUACCUUUGUGCGUUGCUUCUCUAUGGGUAAUGGUGGACAACAGGCAGGAUAAUCCCGACUAUGGGAAACUCGAUUUCAGAAGCUUCACAGGUUUAACGUAUUUGGUUUGCAUCAAUGCUAUAUCAGCUGGUUAUACACUCCUUGCUUCGCUCUUCUCAUGGCUCGAGGGCUUGACCAGACUAUGGGUGCUCUUCAUGUCUGACCAGGUAAUGGCUUACAUGAUGGUUACAUCAGGGGCGGUAGUUGCAGAGAUACUGUACUUAGCCUACAAUGGCGACAAGAGUGUAACAUGGAGCGAAGCAUGCGAUUCUUAUGGCAUGUUUUGUAGGAAAGCAAAGGUUUCUUUGGUCCUCCAUUUCUUGGCAUUGCUCUGCUUGGUUGUGAUCUCUGUCAUCUCAGCCUACAGGCUCUUCUCCAUGUUUGGACCGCCUUCUCUCUCUAAACCAGGAGAGAGAGAGGGAGAGAGAGAGGGAGAGGGAGAGGGAGAAGAGGUUGGUUAAUGAGACUAGGGUACCUUUCCUUCUGCAUGAAAUAGAGUUGUGUGUGGUGGGGAAGAUACAUGUAUGUAUUGCAAGAUAAAAUGUCAAGGAUAUAAUUAUUAUAUAUAUACAAGGUAGGUUCUUAUUAUUAA